UGUUGCUUGAGUUACUGAUAUGAUAUGCAUAACUUAAAAUUCCAAGUCAUCAGAAGUUGGUCCAACUGAUUUGCACUAUGAUGCUAAUAUUCAUGUAAUGGGUGCUGGCUCAAGGAUCAUCACCAAUGAUGAGUAUGAUAAUUUUUGUGCAUUAACUGUAUUUUUGUCCGUUUGAAUUGACCAUAACUUGAGUGUUACUAUGCAGUAGAAUCCUAUGUUACUGUGCAAUAGAAUCCUAUGUUACUGACUCUUCCAUGUAGUGUUUUACCUCAUUUUUGAUGAAUUAUAUAAACUAUAUUUUUCUCAUACCAAUCUCAAACAUUAGUGAUAUCAUAUUUAUUAUAUUAAUCUUAAUUUUGUCACCAGACUAUUUAAGAAGAAAUUUAUUUUUUGAGAGCUCCUAAAUAGGAUUAAUAGGACUUAUACUCACAUGCAGUCUUGUCAGAAUGUUACGUGAGUGUUUGUUGUCUCCUGAGUUGAUACGCCAGGAGCUCAUUAAGUUACUGUUACCUCUGUAGCUAAUUGACUAUCACUUCCCUCUUUCUCAGGGCUAUUUUCUCACGAUUCAUGGAGGAACAGAUGAAUAGAUAUGAGUCUUUUCGGAGAUCGGGAUUCCAGAAGGCUACAAUGAAAAGACUGCUGGUCAGUGUUACGGGAAGUCAGAAAGUUACAAUGCCUAUGACAAUUGCAAUGUCGGGAAUUGCAAAGAUGUUUGUUGGAGAAAUUGUGGAAACAGCCAGGAUUGUCAUGAGUGAGAGGAAAGAAUCUGGCCCAAUCAAGCCGUGCCACAUCAGAGAAGCAUAUAGAAGACUGAAGCUUGAAGGGAAAGUGCCCAAGAGAACAGUACCCAGGCUCUCUUUGGCUAGAUUUUCCCCACACAACUCUGAUUUUAUAGUUUGUAGGCAAGGUGCUUGUGAUUGA